AUGUCCAAAGGCUAUUGUUGGUUUGAUGUUACCAUCGGAGGGAAGCCGCUGAAAGAGCGCAUCAUCAUGGAACUCUUUGAUGAUGUGACUCCUAAAACAUGCGAAAAUUUCAGACAGUUGUGCCUUGGAAAUGACGGCAAAACACUUGAAGGCAGCCAUAUCCCCAUGUCAUACAAAGGCUGCACCUUCCACCGUGUCAUAUGUGGGUUCAUGAUUCAGGGUGGGGACUACACCAACUACAACGGCACCGGCGGCGCCUCCAUCUACGGCGAAAAAUUCUCUGAUGAAAACUUUGAGGUGGCGUGCGAGAAGGCGGGCCUGUUGGCCAUGGCGAACGCCGGCCCCAACACGAACGGGUCGCAGUUCUUCAUCACGGCCGCCUCGUGUCCGCACCUGACGGGGCGGCACGUCGUGUUUGGGCGAGUGGUGCGGGGGUUGGACGCCGUUCGCGCGAUCGAGCACGCCCCCACCGGCGCAAACGACAAGCCCGAGGAGGACUGCGUGAUCGCGGACUGCGGGGUGCUGGACUUGCUUCCCGCCGUGGCGCCCGCCGCGGAUGGGGAUGCCCACCCUGACUACCCCGAGGACUGCGAGCCACGCCUUACAGACAACGAGCUGAUCGCGGCCGGGGAAUCCAUCCGGCAGAUUGGUAACCACCACUUCAAGGAAGGCGGCUUUGAGGCCGCCAUCGACAAAUACACCAAGGCGAGUCGUUAUCUACAGAGUGUUUUGCAGUCCUGCGCUGAGGGGGCUGUCGUGAAGGAGAAACUGGUGGCGUGCCAUAACAACAUGGCCAUGUGUUUUAUUAAGCUAGGAGACUUUGGGGCUGCUCGAAGGACUGCCACAGAGGCCCUGGAAAUUGACCAAAAUAAUUCUAAAGCGUUCUUCCGUCGCGGUAUUGCUGCUUUAAGCUUGGGCGACGCCGAAGGUGCAGCGGAGGAUCUAACGAAGUCUCAAUCGCUUGAACCUGAGAAUAGGGAAAUUACUGCCAAACUCAAUCAAGCCAAGGAGGUCAUCAAAGCUCGAAAAGCAAAACUUGCCGCCGGGUUGAAAAAGAUGUUUUCUUAA